AUGGCAACUUUAAAUGAAAAGAAGACCUGCAGCGAACGCAUGGCAGAUUUCCGUCGUUUUGUCUGGAAUCCAGAAACAAAGCUCUUCCUGGGGAGGUCCUUAAUUAACUGGGUGUGGAUCAGUCUCUAUUACGUGGCUUUCUACGUGGUGAUGUCGGGAGUGUUCGCACUCUCCAUUUAUUGUUUAAUGAGGACAAUUAAUCCCUACGAGCCGGAUUACCAAGACCAGCUGAAAUCCCCAGGUGUAACCAUACGACCCGAUGUUUAUGGGUCUAGAGGACUACAAAUUUAUUACAACGUAUCUGACAACAAAACCUGGGAAGGUCUAGUGACAACUCUUCACACUUUUCUGACAGCAUAUACACCAGCUGCUCAGCAUCUGAACAUCAACUGCACCAAUAAUACCUACUUCAUCCAGGAGACCUUUGAUGGCCCGAAUAAAACAAAACUAUCCUGCAAAUUUACCUCAGACAUGCUUCAAAACUGCUCUGGCAUCACAGACCCAACUUUUGGAUACCCAGAAGGAAAACCCUGUUUUAUUAUAAAAAUGAACAGGAUUAUCAAGUUUUACCCUGGCAGGGGCAUUGCACCAAGGGUGAACUGCACAUAUGUGGGAGAGGAGUCUCGCCCGCUGGAGGUGGACUACUACCCCGUGAAUGGCACCUUCAACCUGCACUACUUCCCCUACUACGGGAAAAAGGCUCAGCCCAGCUACAGCAAUCCCUUGGUAGCUGUGAAAUUUCUCAACAUUACGAAGAAUGUAGAACUUAAAAUAGUGUGCAAAAUCAUUGGAGCUGGAAUUACCUUUGAUAAUGUUUACGAUCCGUACGAAGGAAAAGUGGAAUUUAAACUGAAAAUAGAAGACUGA